AGGCCACCCCCCCGACCUCCAGAAACCCUUGCGCCCUCUCGAAUGGCGGACGCCCAUGGCGGCGACGGGGAGACCCACGUGCCGCCGCCGCCGCAGCCGCAGGCCGUCCAGCACCGCCGGUCCCCGCGCCCGCGUGGGGGAGGAGGGGCAGCCGCUGUCGCCGAGAGGUUCGCCGUGGCGCUGCGGCGCAGGCUGAGCUCGGGCGCCGCGGUGGCCGCGCGGGCUAGCUUCGGGGGCGACUCCGGGGACGAGUCCGCCUCCGGGGAGCCCUCCUCCUCCUCGUCCUCGCGCCGCCGCGACCCCAACGGCAACGGGCAGGCCUCCUCCGUCGCUGGGGGUGGUGGUGGCGGUGUCGGAGCUGGAGACUUCUCCGCGUUCACCUUCCGCGCGGCGGCGCCGGUGCACCGGAAGGCCAAGGAGAGCCCCCUCAGCUCCACCGCCAUCUUCAAGCAGAGUCAUGCAGGUCUUUUCAACCUAUGCAUUGUUGUUCUAGUUGCAGUGAACAGCAGGCUUAUUAUUGAGAACUUAAUGAAGUAUGGCUUAUUAAUAAGAGCUGGAUUUUGGUUUAAUGAUAAAUCAUUGCGGGACUGGCCACUUCUAAUGUGUUGUCUUAGUCUUCCUGUUUUCCCUCUGGGUGCAUUUGCAGUUGAGAAGUUGGCAUUUAACAAUCUUAUUACUGAUGCUGUUGCUACCUGCCUCCAUAUCAUUCUUUCAACAACUGAAAUCGUGUAUCCAGUGCUUGUGAUUCUAAAGUGCGAUUCUGCUGUUUUGUCUGGCUUUUUGUUGAUAUUUAUUGCCUGUAUUGUUUGGCUGAAGCUUGUAUCGUUUGCUCAUACAAACCAUGAUAUAAGGCAGGUGACCAUAGGCAGCAAGAAGGUUGAUAAUGAACUAAGCACAGCUGAUAUGGAGAAUUUACAACCUCCAACGUUAGGGAGUCUAAUAUACUUCAUGAUGGCUCCAACACUUUGUUAUCAGCCAAGCUAUCCUCGAACUUCAUGUGUAAGAAAAGGUUGGCUGAUUCGUCAAAUUAUUCUGUACUUGAUCUUUACUGGUCUCCAAGGCUUCAUUAUUGAGCAAUACAUCAACCCAAUCGUUGUGAAUUCUCAACAUCCAUUGAAAGGAGGACUCCUAAAUGCUGUAGAGACUCUUUUGAAGCUCUCAGUACCAAAUGUUUACCUCUGGCUUUGCAUGUUUUAUGCCUUUUUUCAUCUCUGGUUAAAUAUACUUGCUGAGAUUCUUCGAUUUGGUGACCGUGAGUUCUACAAAGAUUGGUGGAAUGCAAAAACAAUUGAUGAGUAUUGGAGAAAAUGGAAUAUGCCUGUGCAUAAAUGGGUUGUUCGCCAUAUAUACUUUCCUUGUAUGCGAAAUGGCAUAUCAAAGGAAGUUGCUGUUUUGAUAUCAUUCCUUGUUUCUGCCGCACUCCAUGAGCUAUGUGUGGCUGUUCCUUGUCGCAUUCUCAAGUUCUGGGCAUUCUUAGGAAUAAUGCUACAGAUCCCCCUUAUCAUAUUGACAGCAUACCUCAAAAGUAAAUUCAGAGACACAAUGGUUGGCAACAUGAUAUUUUGGUUCUUUUUCUGCAUCUAUGGCCAACCAAUGUGCGUUCUCUUGUACUACCAUGAUGUGAUGAACAGGAUUGAGAAGGCAAGAUAAAUGCGUGCUGCUAUCUCUUUUUUCUCUUCCAUUUUGUUCCAGGAGUACCACAGAAGCAAUAAUCCAUGUAUUAGUCAUGAAAGCGCAUGAUCCCCAAAGCUGUGGUACAACCCUCCUAUUAUAUUUCUUCGCUGUGUUGUAGAGUUAGUUGUGAAGUUGUGGCUAACUGCAGGAAUGCCUGUACAUAAGCAUCUGUCAUUCCAUCUGGGGAUGUUCUACUUCUAAAUGUGUAGAAACUGUUUUUCAAAAA